AAGUCUUGAUCUUUAUCAUUCAUUCGUGCCUCCAAAAUCGAGAGGAGGAAGGAUCUGUCUUCUCCCAAUAACACUAAGCACGAAAUCGACUAUUCACCCCCAAAAACCCUAAUCUUUCUUCAAUUCAAAUCCGAUCCAUCGAUGUCUGUUGAAGAAGCAACCAACGAGACUCAUCCUCCCACUCCCCCUCCACCUUCUUCCGCCGCCAGCAAAGCGGCGCCUUUGGGCUCCUCCGUGAUUCCGAUCGUCAACAAGCUCCAAGACAUCUUCGCCCAGCUCGGGAGCCAGUCCUCGAUCGAGCUCCCCCAGGUCGCCGUCGUCGGGAGCCAGAGCAGCGGCAAGUCCAGCGUCCUCGAAGCCCUCGUCGGCAGAGACUUCCUCCCCCGCGGCAACGACAUCUGCACUCGCCGCCCCCUCGUCCUCCAGCUCCUCCAGACCAAAAGCAAAGCCAGCGGCGGAUCCGAUGACGAGUGGGGAGAGUUCCUUCACCUCCCUAACAACCGUAUCUACGACUUCUCCGAGAUUCGUCGCGAAAUUGAGGCUGAGACGAAUAGAUUGGUGGGAGAGAACAAAGGUGUGUCGGAUAAGCAGAUUCGUUUGAAGAUUUUUUCGCCUAAUGUGUUGGAUAUCACGCUUGUGGAUCUCCCUGGUAUCACUAAGGUGCCUGUGGGUGACCAGCCGACUGAUAUUGAAGCGCGUAUUAGAACCAUGAUCUUGUCUUACAUCAAGCAGCCUAGCUGCUUGAUACUGGCUGUUACUCCCGCUAAUUCGGAUUUGGCGAACUCUGAUGCGCUUCAGAUCGCAGGAAACGCUGAUCCUGAUGGUCACAGAACAAUAGGUGUUAUCACAAAGUUGGAUAUCAUGGACAGAGGUACUGAUGCUCGUAAUUUACUUCUUGGAAAAGUUGUUCCAUUACGACUUGGAUAUGUGGGAGUGGUGAACCGUUGCCAGGAGGAUAUUUUGCAAAACCGUUCUGUCAAGGAAGCACUUAGCGCAGAAGAGAAAUUCUUCCGGAGUCGUCCAGCUUAUCAUGGUCUUGCUGAUCGUUUGGGUAUCCCUCAGCUAGCGAAGAAGUUAAAUCAGAUCCUUGUUCAACAUAUCAAGGUUCUGCUUCCUGAUUUGAAGUCGCGUAUAAGUAAUGCUUUGGUUGCCACAGCUAAGGAACAUCAGAGUUAUGGUGAAAUUACAGAAUCCACGGCUGGGCAAGGAGCUAUUCUCCUCAACUUUCUUUCCAAAUACUGUGAAGCAUACUCUUCAUUGCUGGAAGGGAAAAGUGAAGAAAUGUCUACCUCCGAGCUCUCUGGAGGAGCAAGAAUUCACUAUAUUUUCCAGUCAAUCUUUGUUAAGAGUUUGGAGGAGGUUGAUCCGUGUGAAGACUUUACAGAUGAUGAUAUUCGGACUGCAAUCCAGAAUGCAACUGGUCCAAGAUCCGCAUUGUUUGUUCCAGACGUUCCAUUUGAAUUUCUUGUUAGGAGGCAGAUAUCUCGUUUGUUAGAUCCUAGCCUUCAGUGCGCUAGGUUCAUUUUUGAUGAGCUCGUAAAGAUUAGCCAUAAAUGUAUGAUGAAUGAGUUGCAGCGCUUCCCUGUCCUGAGAAAGCGCAUGGAUGAGGUUAUCGGGGAUUUCCUGCGAGAAGGUCUUGAACCCUCAGAAGCAAUGAUCGGUGAUAUCAUUGAUAUGGAGAUGGAUUACAUAAACACUUCUCAUCCAAAUUUUAUUGGCGGAACCAAAGCCGUGGAGGCUGCGAUGGAAAACGUAAAGUCUUCUAGGGUUCCCCAUCCUGUGGCACGACCAAAGGAUCCGGUGGAGCCUGAGAGAACUUCUUCUUCUUCUUCCGCAAGUCAGGUGAAAUCUCGAUCUUUUCUCGGCAGACAAGCUAAUGGAAUCGUCCCUGAUCAGGGAGUUGUAUCUGCAGAUGCUGAAAAAGCUGCACCAGCUGCAAACGCGAAUGAUUCAAGGUGGGGAAUCCCUUCAAUUUUCCGAGGGGGUGAGAAUCGGGCAGUGACCAAAGAGAACUUCUUAAACAAACCAUUCAAUGAAGCUGUUGAGGAUAUGUCUCAGAACUUAUCGAUGAUCUAUCUAAAGGAGCCCCCAGCUGUCUUGAGGCCAUCCGAAACCCAUUCAGAACAGGAAGAUAUCGAGAUUCAGAUAACAAAGCUGUUGCUUAAAUCAUACUAUGACAUUGUGAGGAAGAAUAUUGAGGACUCAGUACCAAAAGCAAUCAUGCAUUUCCUGGUAAACCACACAAAACGUGAGCUGCACAAUGUCUUCAUCAAGAAGCUUUACAGGGAGAACUUGUUUGAAGAAAUGCUGCAAGAGCCGGAUGAGAUAGCAGUUAAGAGGAAACGCACUCGAGAAACUCUCCACAUUCUUCAGCAAGCUUACAGGACACUAGACGAGUUGCCUAUGGAAGCAGAAUCAGUGUGCAGUGGUGGUACCGAUACAACAGGCGUGUCAAAACAUCUGGACUUACCAGCAUCUUCUUCGAUGUAUUCCACGAGCAGUUCAUCAUACUCGGCAUCUCCAUCUACGGGAAGAAGAUCCAGAAGAGCAGGAAAUCAACACCAAAACGGAUAUGGAUUCUGACACGAUCCAAAGAAUCACUUGUUUUAAGUUGAUGGACGCAUUUCAUUCAUUUAAUGGCUCUAUCAGGUUUUGUUUGGUAUUACUUAAUUAUGUGUUGGCAAAAAUGAAGAAUCUAUAUAGGAAAGUUAAGACACCGGUUUUGGAGUCUGCAUUGGGUUUGUCUGUUAAGAGAGUGAAGAAGAUUGAUAUAGUUCCCUGCAACAAUAAUGGGAAGCAAAAACCCUCGCACUCUUUUGUCUUCUUUUACACAUUAAUAAGUGACGCAUUAUUUCACUCUUCUAUAUAAUUUUUGUGGAACGAGACUUGAAACAUUUUCCUUUCUAUAAUUUUAUGUGA